UAAGAAAGAAUUUGAAGAAAGUAGGGAAAUAGAUAGGCUGGGAACAUAGAAAUACAGGAUACAGAAUGCACAGACAGAAAUGACUGAAACAAUCUAGAGAUUUAAAAAGAAUGCCAUAUGUGGUUUAUCUAUGCAUGAAUGUUAAUCAUACCCUCAGCAGCUGACUUGGUUUCCUCUUUUUAGAAGUUUGCAUCCUCCUGUGCCUCAGUAUGGGUGUUCUCUCAUCCCCACUCCCUGGACGUUUAUCAGCAGAUGUUGAUUUUUUGGAUAAUAGUCUGGAAUUCAGUCGGAAAAUUACUGUAAAAGCAGAGGAACUGCGGGACAUGAUGUGCGAGCAUCAUGAACUGUGCAAUGAAGAGGAGCUGGGACUUAUCAGGAAGCAGCUGGGACUAUUUGUCAGUCAUCUAGACAAAUGUGAAGUUGUCAGCUUUAACUUGGAAGGCUGCUUCUCUCAGAUUGUCAGUGGUCUUCGGGAUUUCCAUAGUUUAGUGCGGAGUCUCCCAGUUCACCUCCCCCAAGACCUUCUUACCAGGCUGGGCAUAGACAUCAGAGACCUGCUGAGCAACUUCAGGGAAGAGAUGGAUACACAGGGUAUAAUGGAUGUGAACUUCCCUUCCCACGGAGUGCCUUCUUAUCCUUCCACCUUCCAUGAACAAGCUGGAACAUUACUGAUCUUGUCAAAUCUGCAAAAGUUUAUGCUGAGUGUCCAGAAAGCACUAGGAGCUCAGUAGUGGGAGUAACAAAUAUAAACCAGGGGGUAGAACUUCUGUUUAAUAUUUAAACAAUCUACACCUGUCUCCUAAUCAGCUGUAUCUGCAGUUCUGUAUCAUCAACUGAAACUCUUGCAAAAUAGUAAGCUAAAAAAAAAAGUAGUGAAUAUUUCACAAAUUCUAGUAAACGUAGGGGAUAUUGUGUUAGAAAAAAAAAUCUCUAAAUUUAUAUAUAUAUAUGUUUGGUGACUGCUCAAUGCUUCAGACUUUUCAAGUGCGCAAAGCAUCUGAGUUUAUUUACAUCAAAAAUGUUAAAUUAUUUUGUAUAUUUAUUUGAUAUAUUUAUUUUUAUGUGACUAUUUAUAAAAAAAAUGUUUGCAAUGUUUACAUAAAUAAUUGGUUAAUAUUUAUUUAUAAUUGCUCGUGCUUUAUGCAAUAUCUGCACCAUUUUGCAUCAAGACACAGGCAACCAUGUUAAGUUGAAAUACAUCUGUACAUGACAGUUAUUUAUAUUUAUGUAUUUAUUGUUUUAUAUAUUAUCUUAAAGUUUGGUUAAUUGUUAUGUUUUUGAAUUGUGUAUGUACCAAUUUGCAUAAAGACACAGGCAACCAUAUUAAGUUGAAAUAAAUCUGUACCUAAGUUAUUUAUAUUUAUGUAUUUAUUGUUUUAUAUAUUAUCUUGAGGUUUGGUUAAUUGUUAUAACAUUUUUGAAUUGUGUAUUGGUUUAGGUUAUUAGAGAUUAAAGGCUGUUUCUGACAAGAUGUCAUGACAGUUUAUACAUUAAAGGGACAUGAAACUUAAACAAUUUUUUUCAUGAUUUAGGUAGAACAUACAAUUUUAAACAAUUUUCCAGUUAACUUCUAUUAUCAACUGUGCUUCAUUCUCUUGGUAUUAUUUGUUGAAGGAGCAGACAUGCAUUACUGGUUUCUAACUUAACACAUGGAUGAGCCAAUGACAAUCAGUAUAUAUAUGCAGCCACAAAUCAGCAGCUAGAACCUAGGUUCUUUGCUGCUCCUGCGCUUAGCUAGAUAAACUUUUCAGCAAAGGAUAACAAGAGAUAGAAGCAAAUUAAAUAAUAGAAGUAAAUUGGAAAGUUGUUUAAAAUUGUAGGCUAUGUCUAAAUCAUGAAUGUCUAAUUAUGAAUUUACUGUCCCUUUAAGAGUUCAAAUAUUUUCAGAACAGGCAUGGUACUAUGCUUAGCAAUGAUAAAAUAUGGUUUUAGGAAAAUAGGAAAUAUGUAUUUACUAAGUUUCUACAUUACCUCAUGUGCAGAAUGGGAUAAUUUUUGUAAACAUAUUGUGUUGUUUGAAUCUAAAUCAAUUCCUUUUUUUGCAUCUUGUCUGUAUUGCUGCGACAAUAUUAAUAAAAAAUUGAAAAUA